UUCGCGGUUUCGGGCUCCAGGGAUGCGGACUCCCGAGCCCGAGGGCCCCGGUCUGCCGCCGCCCCUGGUCGGCCUCGAUGGCGCUUCUCGACCCUGGCUUCCGUCUACUUUCCCAGCUGGUCCCGGGGGCACGUGUGAAGGGAAGUCGGGGCCCUGCUGUAGCCUCUUUCCGCAGCUUCUUGAAAGCCCAGAAGAACCCUCCUAAGGGUGCAGACUGGCUUGGGCAAAAGAGACCCCCAGGUCGUCCCCAGUAUCUGCGCCGGGGGUUGGGGGUGGGCAGUAGGGUCCUCCCUAUUCUACAGUUCACGGCCCUGGGAACUACACGCCCUGAAAAUAAAUAAAUAAAUAAAAACUAAAGUCAUGUGCAAGGAUUGUACUUGGAGAACGGCCUCCGGGGAAGGGAAGUGCUUGAGACACCUGAGGAUCCAAGAAUGUUUCCAAACAAAGAGCCCCAGGGCACUUCCUCCGGGGAUUCCGAAGACUUCAUCUGCUCCAUUAGGGCCAUGGGAAGAAGCUGCACAGCCGAGCCUCAGGGCCCCAGGGACCUGUCUCGCCCCAGCUGAUCUUUUUUUAAUGCUCCUGUGCAGCUGGGGAGCUGCCUCUUGCCUCGGAGAACCUUCAGAUGCUGGGUUGGGUGUUUGGUGUUAGUGACGAUUGAUAGCCACAGCUUCUCCAAAAAAGCCUGGGACAACAGGCUCUGUGGUCCUCCAGCCCUCUUGGGACAUCUCAGAAUUCUGAAUGCCCACCUGACUCUGCAUCCUACUUAGAUGGCUCCCAUUGUCUUCACAUCUCGGGUUCUUGGUGUGGUUGCCUGGCCACUGGGCUGCCUGAUUGCCUAGUGAUAUGUCAUUGGCACUUGCUACUUGUCAGCUUUUUAGUUUCUUUCGAAGAGGCUGGCUGUUUCCCUGGGGGGGGGGGUGUUGGUCUCCAUGGCCGUAGAGCUAGGAAUUGGGCUGCCAAGAGGUCUGUCCAGGGGAUCAGAGAGCACCUUCCUUCACCCUUACAUGUGAACACCUAGAACAGAGAUGGGCAUGAACAAUUGUACCUUUUGACCAACAAUUAAGACUUUCCAUUGGUUUCCCUCCUGUGUGUCUCCGCGAGAACCCUCGUCCUGACCGCAGACUCUAUACUAGGUGCCGAGCGCUGGUUUGCAGAUACCCAGGCAGAUCUGCAGUGCCUAAUGCCAUGAGCGUGGUGGUGCAGCAUGUGGAGGAGAAAGCUGUGCACUCAUGGUCGCGCAUCUCCACGGCAGGAAAGAAGGCCCUGGAAGAGGCGCUGCUUGUCUUUAACCCCAUGAGCCGGGAUCUCAGUGCCACAGAGGCCCAGCUUGUGGCCUUCCUGCAGGGCCUGCGAGAUGAUGGCUUCCAACCUACCAUUCUGCGCAGUGGUGAUGUCUAUGGCUAUAGUUCAUGCACAGCCAACCCCCCAAGCCAGACGAAGCUGCAGGCUCGUGCCCCCAACCCAGCCACCACAUCACCUCCAGCCAGUGCUCCCCAGACUGCAAUGCGGCUGCCUGCAGGCCGGGCCACGCUGCUGCCCAUGUCGCUGUCUGGCAGGCUGGCCAAAGCGUCUACACCAGCCCUCACCAAGCAUGCCACCACCAACCUGCUGCUGAGCUCUCUGAAGCAGUCAAGUGCCAGCCGUGCCCGGGGUGCGACGGUGGGCUUCCCUGCCCACCUCUAUCCAGGUGUCUACCCUGCCAUGCGGCUCUCUGUUGUCCUUGAGGCCCUGGUUCCACUCAAGACUCCCAUGCCCUGCUUGGGUGCUAAGCACAAGGCACAGUCACUACAGCUCUCACUUGCGGACUCACCUAUAAAACUGCGCAAAGGUUCAGGGAAGGCUCCAGGGAACCCCCGGCCCAGAACUCCCAGAAAAACCACAAGCAAGGGCCCCAAGUGUCUGACUCGCAAAGGCUCUGGGGCUGGACCCCAACGAGGCACCGGGCCCCACAGCAAGACCUACAGAGCCACUGGGUCCCUCAAUGGUCUGCGAAUGAAAGGGGGCUCUGCCUUGGACAUCAAAACAGACCAGGCGAAGGUAGAUCGAACACUGGCCAAAGCCGCUGGUGCCCAGGCCAAGGUGGCUCGAACACAGGCCAAGGCUGCCAAGGUCCGGGCCAAAGCCAAAGCUGCCAAAGCCCGGGCCAAGGCUAAGGCAGCACAGAUUAAGGCCAAGGCAAUGGCAGCACGGGCCAGGGCCAGGGCCAAGGCCAAGGCCAAGGCUGCUCGGGCCAGGGCCAAGGCUAAGGUGGCUCGGACCCAACCCAGGGGCAGAGGCAGGCCAAAGGGGUCUGUUCAGGCCAGGACUGCAAGAAAGAGCCAGAAAAGCCACCCUGAGGCUGUCGGGCAGAAGAGGAAAAGGGCUGAGGAGGCAAAGGAUCUUCCUCCCAAGAAGAGAACACGACUUGGGCCCCGAUCUCCUAAGGCAUGGCUAGGCCCUGCGACAGCAAAGCUGCUGAAAUUCUGGGCCAUAAAGGUAGACAGGAAGUCCUCGGAUGAUGAGGUGCGGCAGUGGGCUCAACGGAUCCUCCGUGUGAACCUGUCUCCUGUAAUACGGCUCCAACCGUUGCUGCCAUACUCCACGCCCUGAUUGUUUGACGCAGUGGUGUUUGGGGAAAAAGCCCAGCUGUCUGUGUGGCCAGUGGCACAGUGUGCCAUGCCUGUGGACUCCACAACCUUGAGGACUCCGGGUACCUCUCCAGGGCCCUGGCAGCCACCAGCCUCCUUUCAAAAACUGGAGGACACAA